CAAUAUAUUUCAUAGCAUUGGAGAUACUCCUUGGCUUCUAUUACCUCUUCUCAGUGAGAUUCUUAUUGUGAGAGGGUUAGGAGAGAAUUCAUUCUUCAGUUUCUAUCUUUCAUUUUUCAUAAUACCGUCCUGCUCCUAUCAUUUUGGUAUCAAAGCCUCGUUCUAACCAAUAUGGUUAUCACACGCUCCUCUAAUACUAACUCAAAUCCAGAAGAUAAUCAGGAAAAUCCCUUUGGUAAGGAUCCUCUGGCAACCAUUGCCUCUCGAUUGGCAGCUCUAGAUGUUUUACAAGAAAAGGUGACGGCUCUGGAAGCAAAUUCAUCUUGCCGUAAUAGUGGAAAAGGGAAACAGCGCAAUCGCGCAGAUGAUAGCGAUCAGGAAUAUGAAUCAUCUCGGCGUGCUUCGAGGCUACCACAUGCAAAACUGGAAUUCCCAAAAUUUACAGGAGGCGACCCAAGAGGAUGGGUCCUCAAAGCAGAGAAGUAUUUCCGUUACUAUGACGUUCCAGAGGAUGAUAAGGUGGAUGUGGCUUCCAUGUACCUUGAAGGGGAUGCUUUGGACCUGUUUUCAUGGAUGAGCACUGAGAGAACGUUGUUUUAUUGGGAAGAUUUGGUGAAGGCAUUCCAAGAACACUAUGGUCCACCGGAGUAUCAAAAUCCAAACGAAUACCUUUGUAGUAUCAAACAAAGUGGUACUGUGACUGAGUACCGCUUAGAGUUUGCAAGAAGGGCAUCUCGAAUUGAAAGAUGGCCUGAGCACUGCCUUCUAGGGGUUUUCAUCAACGGCCUCAAGGAAGAAUUGCGACCAGAUGUUCGGCUUCACAAGCCACAAAAUGUGUACAGGGCUGCAAGUCUUGCCCUGGAGUUUGAGAGAAAGCAACCUUCGAGUCGAGGGUCCAGAUCUAAUGCUGCUUUUGGCCCAAAUCGCAGCAACCCACUUUACCCUCAAAAUUAUUCAACACGUGAACAGAAAGGAAACCCACCUGCAGAUUUACCCCUUUCAGAUGACUUUGUGAUGCUCUUAGAACCCGCCCAAGUGCUAGCACACCGUUGGAAAGCAGCCCACCUGGAGCUCCUGAUUCAAUGGAAGUCCAGACCCGUGGAGGAAGCAAGCUGGGAGGAUUAUGAUCUUCUAUUGCAACAGUUUCCUGAGUUUCGCCUUGAGGACAAGUCGGUUUUUCAGGGGGAGAGUAUUGAUACAAAUCCGAAACCAAUCAGGACUUAUCAGAGGCGUAAAAGAGGGCUUAAGUUUGACUGAGUUUAAUUCUUUUAUUAGCACAAUAAUAGGGCUUACGUUUU